CGGAUCGUACACACAAAGCUGCUGCUGACGGUUCAGCCUAGGCUGAUUGGGUUUGCAUGGGAGGAAUUGGGGUGGAUGGCCCUGGAUUUCUUUCUGUUGUUGCAGCAGCUGCUUGUGUGUGUCUGUGAGUGUGUGUUGCAGAAUGCUACCCCUGCUCUGCCUCGCUGUGUUCCUGCCCAGGCUGUGCCGGCCUCAGACCACCGGGACCUCUCUCCCCUUCGUGCUCCCUCACUCCUGCUCCAACUCCCAGUUCUACGAUGUCUCCAGUCUGCAGUGCUCCCAGUGCGGCGCUGGGAGCACCCGUAGCGCUGACGGCCUCCGAUGUGCCUGUAAAGAUGAUUAUACAAUGGUGGAUACGGGAUCCCCCAAAAUACGAUGUGACCCCUGCACUGGAAAGAAUCAAGUUGUGUCAGUUGACAAGAAGCACUGUUUGACGUGUAUGGACUGCCAGCUUUGUCCAGAUGAAGAACAUAUCCGAGUGGAAGACUUCUCCAAUAACACAGCAAGCUGUGAUACCUGUCCCAAAAAUACGACACCAAAUGCUUUGGGAAAUAUGUGCACACGCUGUCACGAAACUUUCAUUCAGGCAAAUGGUGGUUGUACCUGUCCUUCUUCCCUCUCAAAAGGAGGCCUCUGUUUUAAAAACACUGAAUUGCCAUCUCAAAUAGGAAGCGUGCCAGAUUCUAUUUGGUAUGAAACACAUCUUCAAGCAAGUUAUCUGGCAUGCUCGAUUUACAGUAACCAGACAGCCUGCCAGCUGCUCACUAACCUGGUGGUGUUGAGUGUGAACACCUUAGUCGAUGGUGAGGCCUACAUUCUAUAUAAAGAGUUAAAAUCCAGUACUGAGUUCCUACCGAAACUCUUUUAUGUGGACACGAAUAUAGCAGCAUCUCUAUGGCAAAUGGCUCCUCAGGGACUCUCUUUCACAAAGGAUUCAAAGAUUGCCUUGAAAGUUGUGAAAUAUGAUGCUCGUGGGAAUUUUCUGGGCUGGGAAGAUGUCAGAGGGGGCACUUUACAGCUAUGCCCUGACACUCAAAUACUGCUGGAUGCUGCCUUCAAGUUUGGCUCUUCCUAUGUCCAGUCUUGCAAGAUUCGGAUCCCAGAUCUUCUCAGUCGAUUCCCAGAGCCCAUCCUUUACGAGCUCUUUCUCAUGUUCAAUGAUAGUCAAGGACUGCAAAAGGUCUGGCCCAUCCCUAUUCGCAAUCUGAAUCUCGACAGGAAUGAUAUACGAGAAUUCCGGAGAUUCUUUUUGGUUGAUGGUUUGACAGGGAGGAGAAGCAGCCUGAGUAACCCACCGAGCUCUGUCACCUUCGCGAAAGACAUUGUACUAAGGAGCUACUUGCCGACUCGGAACCCAACCAGCGAGCCGCCAUUUUUGCUCACCGUGCAGUAUGCUCAAGUACGGGAUCUCCACGCAGAGGCGCAAGUGACAUUUACUACACAUUAUGAAAUGAACUAUUUUGCACACAAGAGAGACACUGAUAUAGCCUUGGGUGUCCUUGGUUCUCUGGCUGUUUUCGUUGCUAUGCUAGAGACAAGCAGCUGGAGACGGAGGAGCGGUUUAGAAUUUAUAGACGUGGUGACCAUUGUGAAGUACUUUGCCUACUUUGCCGGUGCUCUGUCCAACGCCUUUUUCGUCGUCACGUUUGGGACAGGGGUUUACUGGCUCAUUGUGUACAAGGGUCAGCAGUCCACAGUUGAGGUAACACUUCCCCCUGCUGGCGGGAAGGUUGAAACUGACUUCAUCAUCUAUGUGGCUUGUGCCUUUGGGCUGAAGGCACUGGAGCUGAUUCACAUCUUGAUUGUUCAGGUCACCGUAUCGAUCUUCCUGAUAGACUGGGAAAAGCCAAAGGGCAGACCUCUGCCAAAACCAGCAGCAAACAGGUCAGUUCCAUCCUCGGUCAGUAUCUGGAGAACUUACUUCAUUGCCAAUGAGUGGAAUGAAAUUCAGACCAAGAGAAAGAUAAAUCCAAUUCUGCAACUGUUUGCUGUACUGUUGUUGUUGGAGGUCAUUGGCUUGAAGAACAUUGCCCGAAGAGAUCUGAAUUUGAAUCUGCAUCCCGAACCUGAUGUCAAUCUGGCUCCCUGGAGUCCAAUUCUCCGAUACGGAAUAGCGGUAUCCAUGUGGCUGGCAGUCGGUUUAGCUCAAGUGCUCUUCUGCGUUGGAUUCUGUGAACGAUUUGUUGAAGAUAAGAUUCAGCAGUUUGUAGACUUGUGCUCUGUGAGCAACGUAUCGGUCUUGGUCUUGCUGCACAGGUGCUAUGGCUACUACAUCCAUGGACGGUCUGUACAUGGACAAGCUGAUAUUGGUAUGGAAUCAAUGUAUCUCAAUCUUAAGAAAGAAGAGGAUAACCUUUGUGCGAUGAGAGGGCUCGAGCCCAAUAUGGAGGUCCAGACUUUUGAAGUCUUAAUUUCUAACAAGGUCAGACAACAAUACGAUCGGAUACUCUCACCGCUGAAUGAGGCAGCAAGAGUUAACCGAAGCAUUCGUGAGGAUUCAGCUACCCUGCAGCAGAAUCUGAAAGCCUACUACACAAUGAAUAAGUUCCUUUCAUCCUUCCUUGAACAUGCCUAUAAAGACAUGGACUACGUGGUCAAGGAAAAGCUCUUCCUGGAGAGAAUUCUGGACUUUGAAUUUCAACGCUCAGAUGACCGGAGUUUUUUUUACAAUGAUGACCGGAUCCUCUUCAGCAAUGUUCUUUAUUACGGCCAUGAGUUAGUUCUGCUACUGUUUGAUAUUCUCCUUUUCUCUGUCGUGGAUCUGGGUACCCAGGACUUUGUGUUGGCAACAAUCAUCACUUACCUUGUACAGAAGAUUCUGGAAUCAAUAAGGAAUACGAUUUCAAGAAGGAACUUGGCUGUGAAGACACUGGUAGAUGAAAGAUUCCUUAUCUAGAGUGCCAUUACUCUGAAGCACUGUUGUAUGGAUCGAAACAUUUUAAUCCCAAUUCUGCUCUCACCAGUGUCCUUUUAUUUGGAGACCAGUGAGCUGACGUAUCAGCCGCUAUGUUUAAUACCAAAGGUGUGAUUGAAUGACAAGGUACAAAGUGACAGUCGGUAAAACCAGUACCUCGCAGAGUAAACAUUGCUAUCAGCAUUGAGGGAAGUGGCUUAAGGGAAAUGCAGUGGGUGAAGAGAAAAUGCCGGCAGGCAAUUUGCUGUCUGAAUCAAACUGGGUUUUCUAAUACCUUUGAAGGCAGCAUUUACUUUGAGAUUGCUAAAAGCAAGCCUGAGUUGAAACCCCAGGAGUUACUGAAAAAUUAUUGUUAGGUUCCUCAUCACGUUGGUGAGUGUAGGUUGGAAGAUUCGAUAUAACUGUCCCCUGUCCCUCUAUUGAUCCUGGGGAACUGAAUGGCCAUGAUUUGGAGAGGCUGGUGUUGGACUGGGGUGUACAAAGUUAAAAAUGAUACAACACCAGGCUAUAGUCCAACAGG